AUGGCAGACCCAUUUUCCAUCACCGGCAGCGCCGUCGGUGUCGUUUCCCUCGCCAUACAAGUCUGCAAAGGCCUGGAAUGGUACCUCAGCGGCGUCAAAGAAGCGAAGAACAAGGCUGAACAAAUCGCCGCGGAAACGGAGGAACUCGCAAACCUUCUCGAACAACUUGAAUCCGUUAUCGGAAAAGUGGAUCCAUCCCAGUCGGUGUCAGCAACACGCACCGGCAUCGUGUCGUGUGCAGAAGCCAUCGCGACCAUCCGGAAGAAGCUCAAACCAGACGACCAAGCAGCGGACGGCGGGAUCAAGUCGAGCUUGAAGAGAUUGACGAAGCGGCUAGUCUUUCCGUUCAUAGAAGCUGACAUCAAAUACUGGAAAGAUGUUCUCAACACGAUACAGCAAAGUUUACAGACUGCGCUACUCGCCCUUGUCAUCGACCAACAGCGGCUGGCUUCUGAGAAUGCUCGGUUGCACUACACCCAGCUAUCCGUGGACCAAAGCAUACAUCACUUCUCGAAUCUACAGCUGCAACGCGAUGUAUUUGAUGCGACAAGUGUUCAGCUCGCUGGACAAUCACACAUGCUCGAAUCGGGAUUCUCGGCCACGUCGCACAAUCUUCAAAGUCUUCACGCCGAUUUUCGGAACUUCCAAAAACAGCUUUUGGAAGCUGUAUCAGCGAAAAGCACGACACUGGACGGCGAUGUGAUGAGCCUUAGGAGCGUUCAGCGAAAAACGCGAAAGUUACAACGACGAUCCGACGCAAUUCCAUUUCAAGGCUACCCUCUGCAGCCUGGUACUGAAGAAGAGGAUUUCGCUUUCAUUUACCAGGCUCAACAGCGCUGGAUUCACGCAGAGUCUGCAGUGUCAUCGCAUCGUUAA